UGGCGUGAGGCUUGGCGCUGCAGGAUGGAUGUGUCGCUUAACAUCACACAGCAGGAUGGGGGCCUGGUGCUGGUCCGCCGGCAACCACCCAACCCCCAAAGCCUGAUUGAGACACUGAAGGCCAGGCUGCAGCAGAGCUGUAGGUGCAGUGUGCCACGGGCCUGGGCACUGGUACAGGACCUGAUCCCUGUCACAUGCUGGCUGCGUCAGUACCACCCCCGGGAGGACCUGGCAGGUGACAUCAUGUCCGGGCUGGUCAUUGGCAUCAUCCUGGUGCCACAGGCCAUUGCUUAUUCCCUGUUGGCCGGACUACAGCCCAUCUACAGCCUCUACACGUCCUUCUUUGCUAAUAUCAUCUACUUUCUCCUGGGCACUUCACACCAUGUGUCUGUGGGCAUCUUCAGCUUGCUGUGCCUUGUGGUGGGGCAGGUGGUGGACCGAGAGCUCCAGCUGGCUGGCUUUGACCCUUCCCAGGAUGGCCUGGGGCCCAGAGCCAAUGGCAGCGCCCUGAACAGUUCAGCAGCCACAUUGAAACCUGGGCUACAGGACUGUGGGCGGGACUGCUAUGCCAUCCGUGUGGCCACCGCUCUCACACUGAUGACUGGGAUUUACCAGGUGCUCAUGGGUGUCCUCCGACUAGGCUUCGUGUCUGCCUAUCUCUCACAGCCACUGCUGGAUGGCUUCGCCAUGGGCGCCUCAGUGACCAUUCUGACCUCGCAACUCAGACACCUGCUGGGCGUGCGGGUCCCCCGGCACCAAGGACCUGGCAUGGUGGUCCGCAUAUGGCUGAGCCUGCUGCGUGGCCUGGGUGAGGCAAACGUGUGCGACAUGGUCACCAGUGGUGUGUGCUUGCUGAUGCUGCUGGCAGGCAAGGAGCUCUCAGACCGCUGCCGGCGCCGCUUGAGGGUGCCACUGCCCACGGAGCUAUUGGUCAUUGUGAUGGCCACACUUGUGUCCCACUUCGGGCAGUUCCACAAGCGUUUUGGCUCAAGUGUGGCUGGUGACAUCCCUACUGGCUUUGUGCCCCCACAGGCACCAGACCUCGAGCUGAUGUGGCAUGUGGCAUUGGAUGCUGUGUCUCUGGCCCUGGUGGGCUCAGCCUUCUCCAUCUCACUGGCUGAGAUGUUUGCCCGCAGCUAUGGCUACUCUGUCCGUGCCAACCAGGAAUUGCUGGCUGUGGGCUGCUGCAAUGUAUUGCCAGCCUUCUUCCACUGCUACGUCACUGGUGCUGCCCUGUCUAAGAGUCUGGUGAAAACGGCCACUGGCUGCCGGACACAGGUGUCCAGCUUGGUCAGUGCAGCUGUGGUGCUAUUGGUGCUGCUAGCGCUGGCGCCACUAUUCCGGGACCUGCAGCGGAGCGUUCUGGCCUGUGUCAUUGUGGUCAGCCUGCGGGGUGCCCUGCGCAAGAUCAGAGACCUUCCCCAGCUGUGGCGACUGAGCCCAGCUGAUGCACUGGUCUGGGCCGCCACCGCGGCCACCUGCGUGCUUGUCAGUGUUGAGGCCGGACUGCUGGCUGGGCUGCUUCUGUCACUGCUCAGCCUGGUCGGACGUACACAACGCCCUCGGGCUGCCCUGCUUGCCCGUAUUGGGAGCUCAGCCUUCUAUGAGGAUGCCGCAGAGUUUGAGGGCCUGGUGCCUCCGGCUGGAGUGCGGGUGUUCCGCUUUGCGGGGCCACUCUGCUAUGCCAACAAGGCCUUCUUCUUGCGGUCACUCUAUAACCUCACAGGGCUGGAUGCAGGGUGCUCAGCUGCCAGGAAGAAAGGGCAGGACUCGGAUCUGGGGGCAGAUGAGGGGGACCCCAUGGAGGGCAAGGAGCACACAAGCAGUGGGGCCAGGCUGGUGUCCACAGCAGCUGGGUUCCACACGGUGGUCAUCGACUGCGCCCCCUUGCUAUUCCUCGAUGUGGCUGGCAUGGCCAUGCUGCAAGACCUGCGCCGAGACUAUGGGGCGCUGGGCGUCAGCCUGCUGUUGGCCUGCUGCAGCCCCUCAGUGAGGGACACUCUCCAGAGAGGGGGCUUCCUGGGGGCGGGCCAAGGAGCCGAGGACGAGCAGCUGUUCCCCAGUGUGCACAGUGCUGUGGAGGCUGCGCAGGCCCGCCAUGGGGAGCAGGCGGCCACCAACUCUGUCCUCUAACAGUGCUGUGGCCUGCACUCUGGGAGCCUGAGGCAGAUGUCUGAAGGUCACCAUCACUGAGCUCCUUCUUAGGGAUGAGACCAGGGCCAGAGUCCACCCUGGCCCCAAGGAGCACGGGAAUCCUGCUGUGAAUGGAGGAGCAGCACCAGAACACACUCAAGGGCCUGGUGCUCAGGGACCUGGAACUCUGCCUCGGGGACCAACUACGCUCUCCUAGUGCCAGUACCUACCGAGUGCCUUGACCGAGCUUAGAAGGGCCAUGCCCUGCUGAAUGCCACAUUGCCAUCUUAUCCAAACAGAGUCCUGCAAGUAUGGAGAGGGACACCCUGUCCCAGAGCCUGCCCAGACCCACCCUCCUGGGAAGGAGCUGGAAUCAUGACCAGGGUGUGAGCAUCUGUGUUUCUGGAGGCCACCUAUACCCCAAGCGCUCCUCACAUGUGGUGCUCAUGCCUACAGACCAGGUGCCAGCUCCAAGGCAGUAGGUCCAGUGCCAAGGCUGGAGGUCAUGUGACCACCACAACUUCAGUGGGGCCUCAGGCACUGCAUUCCUGAGCAGCUACACCACCAACCACACAGUACACAAAAAUCCAGGGCCGUGGACACAAGUUGAUCCUGGCCCUCUACAGUGACCUCCAGGGAGACACCAAGGGCUGCCCUCAGCACCCCAGCCAGGAUGUCCCUCAACCCCUGCAGGGUGCUCCAACAGGAAGUGAGAGCCCCCCAGCCCUGGCCCCCACUCCCAGUCCCACCCAGCAUCACGCACC